CAAUUCGAUUCCCUUCCGCUGCUCCGCUUCUUCUUCUGCGUCUCAGGGGGGACGAACCCAUUCUUGUCGGUUACGGCAUAGCCAUAGAAUAGAUCGAAGUAUCCAUUCGCUGGCGCCGGUUAAUUGGUAGUCCUUCCUCCUCUAUCUUAUUCUGAUUCUGUCAUCCGUUCCAAUUCCGGCCGGAUCGCCCACCACGCCAAUUCCGAAUCAUGGGGGAGACCGGCGGCGACGAGGAUUGUGGUGUGGCGGCAGGGUUGGCGUGUGGAUCGUCGGAGGACGCCGUGGACUCCUCCCCUUCGCAUAUGGCGUUGGGUCUGCCGGCCGAGAUGAUGAGGUCGGCGGCCAAGAAGAAGCCCUCCAAAAAAUCCAGCCUUGACGAAGACGAUUUCCUCAGUCUGUUGCAUGGUUCCGAUCCCGUCAAGAUCGAACUCAAUCGCCUUCACAACAUGGUCAAAGACAAGGAUCGUGCGCUAUUCGAAACUUAUAGUGAGAUCAAAGGCCUAAGACUGAUGGAACGUGCAAAGGACAAGGCUCUCACUGAGGUUUCUGAAGAGCUUCAGAAGAUGGUGGAGAAGUUCCAGGCAUCAGAAGUUGCUCUUGAAAACAAGAAUUUAGAGAUCAAAAGGAUCACAGAAGAGAAGAAAGAAGCAUUAGCAGCACAAUUUGCUGCCGAAGCCACUCUUCGACGAGUUCAUGCUGCUCAGAAGGAUGAAGAGCUACCUACUUUAGAGGAUAUACUUUUCCCACUCGAAGCUGAAAUUAAGCUCCUGAGGCAAGAGAUCUCCAAGCUGCAGGAUGAUAGUAGGGCCUUAGAGAGACUUACAAAAACCAAGGAAGCAGCUCUGUUAGAUGCAGAAAGAGAGGUCCAGAUUGCCAAGAUCAAGGCUGCUCUCGUCGAUGACCUACAGAACAAGAACCAGGAGCUCAUGAAACAGAAUGAAAUAAAUCAGGAAGAGUAUAAGAUAUUGGAUAGAAUGCACCGUCAGAAGGUUGCAGAGGUUGAGAAGCUGGGGCAGACUGUUCGGGAACUGGAAGAGGCUCUUCUUUCUGGGGCUGCAGCUGCAAAUGCUGUGCGUGAUUAUCAGCGCCAAGUUAAUGAGUUGAAGGGGGAGAAAAAAACUCUUGAGAGGACUUUAUCUCGUGCGAUGGUUGCAGAAAAUCGAGCUGCUCUUGUAAUGGCAAAUGAGUGGAAGGAUGCCAAUGACAAAGUUAUACCAGUCAAACAGUGGCUUGAGGAGCGACGUGUCCUUAUGGGAGAGAUGCAACAACUCCGUGACAAGCUGUCCAUAGCAGAACGUGCUGCCAAGGCUGAGGCUCAACUUAAAGAAAGGCUGCAGCUCCGAUUGAAGGUUGUAGAGGAUGGACUAAGAUCAUCACUUCGAUCAGGGAUUCGAUAUGACAUACGAAGCAGUCCAAUCGGUUUGGGUCGAAGCCGUUCAAUUAAUGGGUCUGAGACUUCUUCAGGUUCCCUAUCAGGUGGAACAGGAUCACGAAAACCAUUUGCUCCAAUUGGGAAAUCUUCAACAAUUUCUAGUCCUUCCAGCACACUGCUAAAGCAUGCCAAGGGAGCAUCUAAAUCUUUUGAUGGAGGCAGGGUGAUUGAUGUAGAUGAUUACAGAUCAAAGUCAUCUGAAGACACUUAUGUCCAUGAUUCUUUGGAAAAGGAUAUCGAACAGCUUUCUGCUACUGGUGCAUUGAUGGAGGAGCUCAGCAGUGGCAAGCCAUCACAUGCCAUGGAUGAUGUUAGGGAUGAUUAUGUUUCAGUCUUAUUUUAUGAUAUUCUGCAGAAAGAGGUACUCACUUUAAGGAAAUCAUUGCAUGAGAAGGAUCAAUGUUUGAAGGACAAGGAUAAUUCUACAGAGAUGCUCUCAAGGAAAAUUGAUACGUUGACAAAAGCAAUGGAGGUAGAAACAAAGAAACUGCGUAGAGAAAAGACUGCACUUGAGAAAGAGGUAGCAACCUUGCAGAUUGACAAACAGCAGGAACAGAAAGCUAGGCGCUUGAAGGGAAUGAUCAACAACCUGCAUAGUUAGAAGAUCUCUAAGGGACUGAGAGUUUCCGGAUUGAUCAUCUAACCCUUGUGUAUUGAUACUCAUAGGUGUUUCCAUAAAAGUUACAGCACAAGUAGCCUCUGGUAUAGGAUGUAUAUCUCAACAAAACAGAAGUCCUCGUAAGAAAAUCUAGCAUGAAGCUGUUUGUUGUUAUCUCCUAUCCAGCUAUCUUUAUUACAUGAAAAGGAGAUCAGGCCUAGCUGGCAAGCGAGGUAUGGUUUGUUUGAUUAACUAUGUAGAGGUUUGGUUUCAGAAGUUCAGCACAGCUAAGGUUGGUAAAUUGCUUGGAGUAGUAGUAUCAAGAUGAUGAAUAUGAAGGGAUUCUUCUACAUAGAAGGAUUCUCUGGCUAAAUGGCUUUGGGUUUUCAAAGGACGAGCCGAUCUAAUCUCAGGUUCAUUUACUUGAUAAACUCUGUUCCGUAUCGUCUCUAUUAUUCAAUAUGGAUGCUGGAUAUCAACAUAUAUAAAAAUUAAUCCCUUAUUUAAAUGUACAACCACAGAUUGAGAGAGCUGUUUAUACUGUGAUGAGGGUCCAUUGUUGGUUUUCGUUUUUCACUACUGUUUUUUUCCAGUCAGAAUGAUACAGAAUUACGUGCAGUCAGUGCUUAAAUCUAAUUUUAUCUACUGUUUGGAUGUACUUAUCAAGUUUAUGGAAAGCUGUGUAAUUUACAAGGAUGGCUCAAAAUAAGAUGUUUGUUCUAUUGCCAAACAGGACUUAUGCAUUGCAUCAUCAAAUGUGGAGAUUUCUUGUUUGAACGAAACAGAAUUAC